CUUCUUUGUUUCUUCCCAUUUCAAACCCUUAUUCAAAAACAACCAGCUAUGUUUCCAUAUUCAAAUUCUCAAAGAUCCAAUCUUUCCUAUAACCUCUUUAACAUUCACCAAGAUAUACAGCUUACACCCCUCUAGAAUUGCCUACAGUUUGUAGCUAAAUUGAAGCAUGACAUCUCCCUUUCCAUGUCCGGCGAACUCGUUCAUUUACAAUUCAACCAUUUGCGCCUGCAACCCUGGCUACUUCAUUGCAGCCGGAAAAAAUACCUGCGAGCUAUUUUCAAGCGAUACCCAUGAUCUGAUAGUCAAUUCUGGAGUCGAUUAUUCAGUCAACUUCCCAGAGACAUUACUUUCCUUCGAUACCAUCAAGAAAUUCACUCAGUCGCAGGCUGUCUUCCUUGAGGCUACUGCUGUUCUUCUUGUUUCUUGGCUCUGUUUCUGCCUGUUUGUUCGAUUUCGAAAACUUGGCGAUGGCCGUUCGAUUUGGUUCCGGAUCAGGUGGUGGAUUAGUCGGAUGGAUAUCAGUUUUUCUACACGUCACUGGCUGGAUGAUCAGAAGGUAGUUGUAAAGCGUAAAACAGAACUCGGUGGAGCUUUCUCUAUAGCAAGUUGGAUUCUUUUUCUUGGUUUAUUUGCUGCGUUGCUCUACCAAAUCAUAUCAAAGAGAACCAUUGAGGUUCACAGCAUCAGAGCUACAAAUGCACCGGAUCUAGCUGAUUUCCAAAACGACAUGGAAUUGAAUAUAACCACCAUUUCAAGCAUGAGCUGCGCACAUCUUCGUCAAUUGGGUAUUUUAGUAAUUGGGAACCCAGGUUAUAUCGACUUCAGAACCGCUCCACUAAUAACAUUUGCUAACUAUACAUGCCAAAACACGACUAAAGGGCCAAAAAUAAAUCUCAAGUGCAGCAAGUGUCAUAUACGGGACAGUUCCUACAUUUCAUGGCAAUUUGUUGAUCUUCCUAAUGAUCCUGCUAUGGCAGUUGGAUUUGAGUUCAAUCUCAAUGCAAAUAGCCAUGGGGUGAAAAAACAUAUAAGCCUCGUCGGAGGCACACUUAGCAAUGGGAGUAAUGACGAUAACAGGCCAACAACAUUUAGGGGAUCUAUGCCGAACAUAUUGAAAUUUGAUUUAUUUCCUCGCAUUUAUCACAAUCUACAUAAUCUUAAGCUCAUCCAACCUCUGUUUCAUGAGUUUGUGCCGGGUACAUCUUAUAGUGAAAUAAGUCAGCUUCAAGCUUCCCUACAAACCUCUAGUGAAGGUCUGAUAAAUACUACAUUGUAUGUGAAUUAUCUCUCUGACUACAUUGUGGAGAUCAACAAUCAGAAUAUUUUGGGCCCUGUGAGCUUUCUCGCGGACCUUGGUGGCCUUUACUGCAUUAGUAUUGGCAUUUUUUUCUUCUUCUUGGUGCAAUGUGAAUACAGGAUCAAGAGGCUACGUUAUGAGGAUAGCACAAUGAGGAAGAUUAGAAGUCAGCGAAGAGCUCAAGAUCGUUGGGAUAAAUUGAGAAAAUAUGUGAUGUUUACAUGGGGUUGCAACGCAUUGAAAGAGAAGUACAACAAUGUCGAAAAAGGGUCAUGUUGCACUGGCCUAAUGGUUUGUACUUUGCAUAAGAGAAUUGGAUCUUCAGUUAAAAGAGGUCAGAUAAUCAGAAUGGAUUCUAUCAGAUUUAACAAGAAAAUCAACAUGGAAAGUGAGAAGAAAACCGCAUUAUCGCAAGGUGCUCAAACCUUGUCCAUGAUUGAGAUGCUGGAUUUCGAAAACAAUAUGGUAGGAAUUGUAAAGGAUGAUAAGAGGCGACAACACCAUCCUUCUCAAGAAAGUGAUAGUAAAUCUGAUUAUCGAGGAACUAACAAUUUUACUUUGCCUCCACCACCUUUAUUAGAAGACAUGAAGGAUGGUUCUGAAAUUAGUAUAUCAGAGAUUAAGAAAAAUUUCCAAAAUCUAUAUGAAUACAAUGUUAAGCUAAGGGAUGAGCUAGUUGCUGCUCAUACUAUGAUUAGGAUGUCAAUGGUUAUCCAAUACUCAUGGGUAUCUGAGGAUCAUGGUCGAGUUCAAGGAUGGGAGGAGGAGAAGGUUAUUCGAUCGUAG